GCGAAUUGCUCUUGAAAUCAGAAACCAAAACAAACACAGCUGAGUUCAGAUUAGUUUGCGUAAGUGGAUGGUAUUUAAUUGCUACAGAAAAUCAAUGUCGUUUUAUGAAUAAAAUAAGUGAAAAUAUUCCUAUAUCCGGCACGAAAUGAAUUACUUUAAAACAGUGAUAAUUGGCGUCCCAAUUCGAUGGCUGUCCACUUCAAAAUCUAGGGGCACUUCCAUCCGAAACCGGAUCCGCGCCAAGCGGAGCUGAUGGCCCGCAGCCUCCCAAAGCGCCUCCCGCUGAGAGGUGUCCGGGACAUAGUGGUAGUUUCCUCCGGAAAGGGAGGCGUCGGAAAGACCACAACAGCAGUCAACCUGGCCGUCACACUGUCCACAAUGGGUAAAAAUGUGGGCAUUUUGGAUGGGGAUAUCUUUGGACCGUCGGUUCCGCUGAUGAUGAAUGUGGCGGAAUUGCCCCUGGUAGACGAGCACAACCUGAUGAUCCCACCGGUGAAUUACGGCGUAAAGUGCUUGUCGAUGGGUCUUCUGGUGGAAACCGGACCGGUGGUUUGGAGGGGUCCUUUGGUGAUGUCAGCCAUACAGAGAUUGCUCAAGGGUGCCGUUUGGGGCCCGCUGGAUAUAUUGGUAGUAGACACACCACCUGGAACGGGCGAUGUACACUUGUCCUUGAGCCAACAUGUGCCAAUUUCGGGGGUCUUACUGGUCAGUAGCCCUCAAAGAGCCGCUUUAGAAGUGACUAGUAAGGGUGCUGAAAUGUAUAAAACUUUGAAAGUACCCCUGAUUGGCUUGGUGGAGAAUAUGAGUCAUGUGAUAUGUGAUAAAUGCGACAAUCGAAUCGAACUGGCACAAAAUUCAACCAAAGACUUCGCUAAACAGUUAGGUGUGCAAGUGUUGGAAAGUAUUCCAAUCGAGAAGGAAGUGAUGCAGUGCGGAGAUUCCGGUACGCCUUUGUGUUUGAAGUAUCCUGAGUCACAAUUUGCAAAAGCAUACCGAAAUAUUGGACAGAAGGUGAUAGAUUUUCUUGACAAUAAACGAACAACUGUUACUUAACAAAAAUAGAUCUAUAUUACAGUUUAA